AUGGCCUUUGCACCAGCCCGUGUGCGCACCACCUUCUCUUCCUCAAAAGGCCCGUCUGGGCUCCUCUCGCUUGCCCGCCAACGCUCGACUGUUGCUGACCGAGCGGAACGCGCUUCGUGCCAGCUCGAAGCCAAAAACCGUGUCAAGGAGUAUGCGCGUAGUAUCAGUCGCUCAGCCCCUGGAAAGGCAGCUACUGCUCCCAGUGUCCGACCGACACCGGCCCCCGCAUUUCAACAGAUCCCACAAAAUGAGCCUCAGCCAUUCAGCGCACCAAGGCCUACUCUCGAUCACUCGCUCGUGGGCAUGUCCGGAGGCCAGAUUUUCCAUGAGAUGAUGCUCAGACACAAUGUCAAGCACAUCUUUGGAUAUCCCGGUGGAGCUAUUCUCCCCGUCUUCGAUGCCAUCUAUAACUCCAAAUAUUUCGAAUUCGUUUUGCCCCGGCACGAACAAGGCGCUGGACACAUGGCAGAAGGUUAUGCCAAAGUCUCUGGCAAGCCCGGUGUCGUUCUCGUUACAUCCGGCCCUGGCGCAACCAAUGUUGUAACUCCUAUGCAAGAUGCCCUUAGCGAUGGGGUUCCUCUCGUUGUAUUUUGCGGUCAAGUCGCGACCUCGGCUAUUGGCUCGGAUGCCUUCCAGGAAGCCGACAUGGUUGGUAUUUCCCGAUCUUGCACCAAAUGGAACGUGAUGGUCAAGGACAUCGCCGAAUUGCCUCGACGCAUCAAUGAGGCAUUCAAAAUUGCUACCUCGGGUCGCCCUGGCCCGGUGCUCGUCGACCUACCCAAGGAUGUGACAGCAAGCAUUCUUCGCCAGCCUUUGCCAUUCAAGGCUACCACACCUGGCGUCAACCUUGGCCUUCCCGAAAACCCACUUAGCCCAGCGAUCGAUGACGUUGAUAUGGAGAACAUCAAACAUGCGGCCCAGUUGAUCAACCAGGCAAAACGACCCGUGAUUUACGCCGGCAACGGCGUCCUCAACUCUACCCGUGGCCCCGAACUUCUCGCUCGCCUCGCAAGCGAGGGCAACAUCCCGGUUACGACUACCCUUCAAGGUCUCGGUGCGUUCGAUGAACUUGAUGAACGUAGCUUGCAUAUGCUGGGUAUGCACGGAUCUGCAUAUGCCAACCUUGCGAUGCAAAACGCGGAUGUGAUCAUCGCACUUGGUGCUCGAUUCGAUGAUCGUGUGACGGGCAAGGUUGAUACCUUUGCACCAGCUGCCCGUGCCGCCGCUGCGCAAAAGCGAGGCGGAAUUAUCCACUUUGAGAUCCAGCCCAAGAAUAUCAACAAGGUUAUCGACGCAAGUAUCCCUAUUAUGGGUGAUGUCACAUACAAUCUCAGUGCCCUCGUUCCUCUCAUCAAGUCAUCACCUCGUGAAACCUGGUUCCAAGAAAUCAAGGGGUGGAAAGCCAAGUAUCCGUUCGUGUAUGAUAAGUCCGACCCGGGAAAGACGAGGAUGAAGCCUCAAGAGGUCAUCAAGGAAUUGGAUGCGCAAACGCAAGACAUCAAGCAUGAUCUUAUUCUCUCUACGGGCGUCGGGCAACACCAAAUGUGGGCAGCACAAUUCUUUAGGUGGAGAUCACCUCGGUCUAUGGUCACUUCCGGUGGACUCGGAACUAUGGGCUUCGGUCUGCCAGGUGCCAUUGGAGCCAAAGUUGCUGCGCCCAACAAAACCGUGGUUGACAUCGACGGAGACGCCUCGUUCAGUAUGACAGCAAUGGAGCUUGCGACCGCCGCACAGUUUGGUAUUGGUGUCAAGGUUCUGGUCUUAAAUAACGAAUACCAAGGAAUGGUCGAACAAUGGCAAGAUCUCUUCUACGACAAGAGAUACUCCCACACCCAGAUGAAGAACCCCGACUUUGUCAAACUCGCCCAGGCUAUGGGUGCCCACGCCAUCCGGUGCACAUCCACCGAUGAGCUCCCCGAAAAGAUGCGUGAGUUCUUGCAAUACGACAACAACAAACCUGUCCUUCUCGAAUGCGUUGUCAGCAAUCGCGAACUCGUCUUCCCCAUGGUCGUCGCGGGCAAGGCAUUGCAUGAGCAACUGUUGCAUCCCAAGCUGAGAGAGGUCGCAGAACAGUCAUGA